UAUACCUAGUUUAGCGCGACCCACGCACUUGGAACGGCUAUAGUCGCAUCUUGAGAGGCGGCCUUGACUUCUCUGGUGGCCCACGCAAGCCUGGGAUGCAUCACGUUUCCCUCGACAUUCUUAUCCAUCGCCAACGACGGACCUCUUCUGUCCUUCUUCACACACCGUCGAUCCGGGUACGAGUUGGUGCACAGGAUGAGCCCUACCCCGGAACCGCCGCCGAUAAAAAAACGCGAGUCUCGUGCUGGGGCGCGUAAAGUGACGUCGCUCUCUGCCGAGCAGCUGGAAAGGAAGCGCGCCAACGAUCGGGAGGCUCAGAGAACCAUUCGCCAGCGGACAAAGGAACAUAUUGAACGUCUGGAGCACCAGGUAGCCGAGUUGAAGGCCAAGGGGGAUCGAUUCGACGAUGUCGUCCGACAGAAUGCUGCAUUGGAACAUGAGAUCCGGGCGUUGAGGCACCAGCUUGCCAUGACCGGCAGGCAGGGAUAUCCAGGCUUAGAAGGAUCCUAUAGCAAUCCCUCCGGGCCUAUGCUCCCCUCUGCACAGUUUGCGGAGCCCUUAGGAGUGAACUCAGCCUCGAGAACGCCAUCAGCACUCUCGACGUCCAGUCGAGUCUCUAUGGGGACCGAUUGGCCGCCCUAUAGCUCAACACGGUCUCCGUCACUUUGCGAUUCCACCGAGACGAGUUACGGGAACCGAGUAGAGCCAUACGUUUUUGAAAAUCAACUUCAAACACCCAACGCUAUCCCCGUCGCACCGCCGCCGGUUGCUUACAAUGCAUCUGUGGUCGCUCAACAUCAGCCACAUGAUCCGGCGUUUCAAUCAUAUCCGCAGGGGUACCACGCUGGUGCCAGCAGUCGUGGACCGGGGGAAGAACUUUCCCAGAAUCCCCAGCAACCAGUCCCAUGUAUGUCCAACCAGCGGUCUAUGUCAGUACCACCGGUACCACCGGAGAGGGGCCCUGGUGGGUAUCCUGUUGUUCACGCGCCACAACAGUAUCACCAACACCCACUUCCACCCCAGGCGAGGAACGACUACAGUUAUGGCUGGGCCCCGCAUCAGUCUUGAUUCUGCGGACUGGCAGAUGCGACUCUAGAAGAAAUUUCUCUCGUAUGAUUCGAGGCAGCAACCGUUUGCCGAAAAAGCUGGCGAACGUUCAGGAUAAUCAUCAGGCGCAAUACUCCCUAAUCAGGGUCAUGGUGGAGGCAUAUACUAUCUUGGACCGGGGGAAUUAAGGCACCGG